AGGGUGGAUACUCUCAGCUUCUGAGUGGAAGAUCGUCAGCGGCUAUCAGGCUGAUCUCCGGGGUACUACCUGUGGCUUUCGUCUAUCGUGGAGUAUGUGGAUACCAAAUUCGUCUAUGUUUCGUUCCCGACAGAAGUGCCGCUGGGUACGAGUCUUUUCAUCAUCAUUUUUGGAAGAUCUUUGCGGAAUUGGGGAAUCUGGUCGAUAUUUUGAGGUCUCUCCGCAUUUUCUGUCUCUGGAGAGGCAACGGGGCCAGAAGGAUGGAUCUAUAUAGCUCAUGGCCCUCUCCAUCAGUGACCUAGCAAUCAUCAACCUUUUCGAACACAUUGUACCCGUCAGCCAAAAUGUCCACUCCCACAGAUUCCCCCGAGAAAUAUGACUUGAAAAACACCACCACCGACGCCAGCAACAGCGACUCGUCGCCUCCCCUGGCCCACGCCCAAACAAAUUAUUCUUCCCACAUUGACUAUGGCCAUUUCGGGCCCCUCGCCCAUGUCAACACCGCAGAGACCACGCUACCCGCCUUCGGUGGUGAAUUCCAGCCGGGUCUUUAUCGAUCCCCUAAGAACCGCAAGACGGCUAAUCCUGCGCCCCUGGGUCUUUGUGCUUUCGCUUUGACUACAUUUGUGCUGGGGUGUAUCGAGAUGAACGUGCGAUAUAUCACUGAGCCGAAUAUUAUUAUCGGUUUGGCUUUUUCAUAUGGUGGAUUAGUUCAGCUUUUGGCUGGCAUGUGGGAAAUGGCCAUCGGAAACACAUUCGGAGCCACCGUUCUCUCCUCCUAUGGCGGAUUCUGGAUCUCACUCGCCAUCACCUUCACGCCCGGUGGGUUCGGAAUCAUGAGCGCCCUAGAAGAAGCCGCAGAAGGAAAGCCCUCUAUGUUCUACGACUCAUUUGGCCUGAUGCUAAUGGGCUGGUUCAUAUUCACAACCCUCAUGCUCCUCUGCACGCUCAAAUCCACCUUCGCAUUCUUCACGCUCUUCUUCGUCGUCGACAUCGCUCUCCUCCUGCUGGCAGUGGGAUAUAUCCACCGCGGGGCCGACGGCGAGCCGAACAAGAACCUGAUGAAGUCGGGCGGGUUUUUCGCGUUGCUGGGCUCCUUCUUGGCCUGGUAUAAUGCUUUUGCGGGUAUUGCGGACGACAGUAAUAGUUUCUUUAUUGUGCCGGUGGUGCAUUUCCCGUGGUCGGAGAAGGGGAGGGAGUCGAGGCGCGCGAGGAAGGAGUCUGCUGCUGGUCAGGGGGCUUAGG